AUGGAUCUGAAUUUCGAAUACAUUGCUGCUCAUAUCAGCGAUUAUAUUAAUAAUGAAAACUUCUUCGAUACAUUUGAUAUGAGGGAUAUCAAAAUAAUCAUGAAAAAUUCACAUUUGACAGCUGAUCAGUACGUUACUCUUCUUAAACAAUCUUCAUCAACUCUCAAUUCCAAAGAAUUAUAUAUCUAUACAAGGAAGGCAAACGUUCGUGUCCAAAAUCUCGAAGAAGUUGUUUCAAUUCUUAACUCUGUGAAAAGAUACAUGAAAUUCAAUAUAUUUGAUGGCAUUACAGAUUUUUUAAAACAGAAUGAGAAAGUUAUAAACGAUUCUACGAACGAAAGAGAAAUAAUUCAAGAUAAAUCCAAAGCGUUUCAAAAAGAAAAUGAAAAUGCAACCAAAGAUACUACUGUCAAUGUAACUAAUGAAAAUUACAAUCAUUCACGCGAUAUUUUAACUAAAAUCACAGAACUUAAGGAAUCUAGUGAUUUUGAAACAGUUUACAAAUUCCUUGAUGAACUUUCUUCGACAGGAAACCACGAAAUGAUUUCAAAAUCAAUCGAAGAAGGACUUUGGAAAAAGAUUGCUCCUAAAAUAUAUGAAUAUGAUGAUCAUGAGAGAAAUGUUCUUCAUUUUGCAAGUGAAAAAGGAAAUCUCAGACUUGUUCAAUCACUCAUCGAAUGUGGUUGUGACAAAGAAUCAAAGGAUAAUGAUGGAUAUACUCCACUCAUUUGUGCAUCAUCUAAUGGUCAUCUUGAAGUUGUUCAAUAUCUUAUCUCAGUUGGAGCUGAUAAAGAAGCAAAGGAUAAUAGUCUUGGAUAUACUCCACUCAUUUUUGCAUCAUCUAAUGGUCAUCUUGAAGUUGUUAAAUAUCUUAUCUCAGUUGGAGCUGAUAAAGAAGCAAAGGAUAAUGAUGGAUAUACUCCACUCAUUUGUGCAUCAUCUAAUGGUCAUCUUGAAGUUGUUCAAUAUCUUAUCUCAGUUGGAGCUGAUAAAGAAGCAAAGGAUAAUGAUGGAUAUACUCCACUCAUUUGUGCAUCAUCUAAUGGUCAUCUUGAAGUUGUUAAAUAUCUUAUCUCAGUUGGAGCUGAUAAAGAAGCAAAGGAUAAUAAUGGAUAUACUCCACUCAUUUUUGCAUCAUCUAAUGGUCAUCUUGAAGUUGUUAAAUAUCUUAUCUCAGUUGGAGCUGAUAAAGAAGCAAAGGAUAAAGAUGGAUAUACUCCACUCAUUUUUGCAUCAUCUAAUGGUCAUCUUGAAGUUGUUCAAUAUCUUAUCUCAGUUGGAGCUGAUAAAGAAGCAAAGGAUAAUGAUGGAUAUACUCCACUCAUUUGUGCAUCAUCUAAUGGUCAUCUUGAAGUUGUUAAAUAUCUUAUCUCAGUUGGAGCUGAUAAAGAAGCAAAGAAUAAUAAUGGAUAUACUCCACUCAUUUGUGCAUCAUCUAAUGGUCAUCUUGAAGUUGUUAAAUAUCUUAUCUCAGUUGGAGCUGAUAAAGAAGCAAAGGAUAAUGAUGAAUAUACUCCACUCAUUUUUGCAUCAUCUAAUGGUCAUCUUGAAGUUGUUCAAUAUCUUAUCUCAGUUGGAGCUGAUAAAGAAGCAAAGGAUAAAGAUGGAUGGACUCCACUCAUUUGUGCAUCAUCUAAUGGUCAAUUUGAAGUUGUUAAAUAUCUUAUCUCAGUUGGAGCUGAUAAAGAAGCAAAGGAUAAUGAUGGAUAUACUCCACUCAUUUUUGCAUCAUCUAAUGGUCAUCUUGAAGUUGUUCAAUAUCUUAUCUCAGUUGGAGCUGAUAAAGAAGCAAAGGAUAAAGAUGGAUGGACUCCACUCAUUUGUGCAUCAUCUAAUGGUCAAUUUGAAGUUGUUAAAUAUCUUAUCUCAGUUGGAGCUGAUAAAGAAGCAAAGGAUAAUGAUGGAUAUACUCCACUCAUUUGUGCAUCAUCUAAUGGUCAUCUUGAAGUUGUUCAAUAUCUUAUCUCAGUUGGAGCUGAUAAAGAAGCAAAGGAUAAUAGUCUUGGAUAUACUCCACUCAUUUGGGCAUCAUCUAAUGGUCAUCUUGAAGUUGUUAAAUAUCUUAUCUCAGUUGGAGCUGAUAAAGAAGCAAAGGAUAAUGAUGGAUAUACUCCACUCAUUUGUGCAUCAUCUAAUGAUCAAUUUGAAGUUGUUAAAUAUCUUAUCUCAGUUGGAGCUGAUAAAGAAGCAAAGGAUAAUGAUGGAUAUACUCCACUCAUUUGGGCAUCAUCUAAUGGUCAUCUUGAAGUUGUUAAAUAUCUUAUCUCAGUUGGAGCUGAUAAAGAAGCAAAGGAUAAUGAUGGAUAUACUCCACUCAUUUUUGCAUCAUCUAAUGGUCAUCUUGAAGUUGUUCAAUAUUUUAUCUCAGUUGGAGCUGAUAAAGAAGCAAAGGAUAAUAGUCUUGGAUAUACUCCACUCAUUUUUGCAUCAUAUAAUGAUCAAUUUGAAAUUGUUAAAUAUCUUAUCUCAGUUGGAGCUGAUGAAGAAGCAAAGAAUAAUAAUGGAUAUACUCCACUCAUUUUUGCAUCAUCUAAUGGUCAUCUUGAAGUUGUUCAAUAUCUUAUCUCAGUUGGAGCUGAUAAAGAAGCAAAGGAUAAAGAUGGAUGGACUCCACUCAUUUGUGCAUCAUCUAAUGAUCAAUUUGAAGUUGUUAAAUAUCUUAUCUCAGUUGGAGCUGAUAAAGAAGCAAAGGAUAAUAGUCUUGGAUAUACUCCACUCAUUUGGGCAUCAUCUAAUGGUCAUCUUGAAGUUGUUAAAUAUCUUAUCUCAGUUGGAGCUGAUAAAGAAGCAAAGGAUAAUGAUGGAUAUACUCCACUCAUUUUUGCAUCAUCUAAUGGUCAUCUUGAAGUUGUUCAAUAUUUUAUCUCAGUUGGAGCUGAUAAAGAAGCAAAGGAUAAUAGUCUUGGAUAUACUCCACUCAUUUUUGCAUCAUAUAAUGAUCAAUUUGAAAUUGUUAAAUAUCUUAUCUCAGUUGGAGCUGAUAAAGAAGCAAAGAAUAAUAAUGGAUAUACUCCACUCAUUUUUGCAUCAUCUAAUGGUCAUCUUGAAGUUGUUCAAUAUCUUAUCUCAGUUGGAGCUGAUAAAGAAGCAAAGGAUAAAGAUGGAUGGACUCCACUCAUUUGUGCAUCAUCUAAUGAUCAAUUUGAAGUUGUUAAAUAUCUUAUCUCAGUUGGAGCUGAUAAAGAAGCAAAGGAUAAAGAUGGAUGGACUCCACUCAUUUUUGCAUCAUCUAAUGGUCAUCUUGAAGUUGUUCAAUAUCUUAUCUCAGUUGGAGCUGAUAAAGAAGCAAAGGAUAAUAGUCUUGGAUAUACUCCACUCAUUUUUGCAUCAUCUAAUGGUCAUCUUGAAGUUGUUAAAUAUCUUAUCUCAGUUGGAGCUGAUAAAGAAGCAAAGGAUAAUUUUGGAAAUACUGCUCUUGAUGUUGCAAGAGGUUCUGUGAAAGAAUACUUUUUGGAAGACAAAACAGAAUAG